AUGAAUGAAUUUUUUAGUAUGAAUGAAUUUUUUAGUAUGAAUGAAUUUUUUAGUAUGGACGAUUUUGCAAGUAGCUCAUUAUAUAAAUUGAAUAAUAUCAAAAUAAUAUCAAAUAUCCAACAGUUUAAAAAUUGUAUCGAUUUAUCCGAAAUCAAUAUCAAUACCACAAUUUAUUUUAUAAAAACAGUAGAUGAAAUAAAUAUCAAUAAUUUUAAAGAAAUAACAAUGGAAUAUAUUGAAAUUAAUCAGCUUUUAUUAAAAUUCAAAUUAAAUUCAAAACAUAUUUUAGUUACUUUGGAUUCAGAGUCAUCCAACUACUUAUCAUCCUCAGUAGUAGGUGCAGCAAGAUAUUUUGAUGAAUUUUUAGAGUUAAAGUUAUUUACAUUAAAUUUUGAUAAACAAUCAAUUAUUAAUCAAGAUAUCAUUUCUAUUAUUCCAACAAUAGUCAAUUGGGAUUUUUCAAUACACAGAGAGUUUUUUAUUAAAAAUAAUAAUGUUUUUUAUGAACGUUAUAAAAAAGAGACCAAUCUAAAUCAAAAUUUUAAAUCAAACUCCUACAUUGAACUAAAAAAAGAAAAUAGAGAGUUGUUCAAAUUAAAACUAUCACCAAAUCUAGAGUAUCAACUUAAACAAAGAGAAGUCAAAUUAGAGUCAAAUCAAGUUGAAGUCAAAGUUAUGGCAUUUGGUAUAAAUUAUAAAGAUUAUUUAAUAUACUCAGGAAAUGCACCACCAGAAAUAGCAAAUAGAUUAAGUGGUGAUCUUAGCGAUCAGAAUUUUGCAAUGACUUUUCAGGUGUUAUUACAAGAAUUGGUCCAGAUGGGUUCAGAUAGAAGUGGUGUUGAUCUAAUAUUAAAUACUCUUUCAAGUAACUAUAUGGAUUCCAAUUUUAAGUCUCUUACAACUGGUGGUAGAAUUGUAGAUCUUUCGGUGACACACUUAAAUACAAAUGAAUACACAAAUAACAAUAAUUUCAAAUAUAAUUUUGGAUACUUCAAUAUCGAAUUACUAUUUAUCAGUAACGAAAUAAAAAGAACUUUAUUAAAAAAGAUCACAAGUGCAAUUGAAUCAAAUAAAUUGGACAAUAUAUUACCAAUAACGGAAUACUCAAAUAAAGAAAUUAAAGAUGCAAUUGAAUAUAUAAAUCAGCGUAAACAUAUUGGAAGAAAAAUUACUAAACUAAAUUAUGAAAUCAAUGGUUUGGGUGAAACAAUUCUAAUUACUGGCCAAUCUGGUAUUAUUUUGGAUAUAUUAAAAUGGAUAUUAAUGUAUUCAAAAACAGUCAAAAAUGUAAUUAUUAUAACAAAAUCAAAAUUGAAAUGGGGAUUAGAAUUCGUAAUUAAUAGCUAUAAGGAAAAUAUAAAUUUUUAUUUCAAGUCUUUAGAUAUCAGCAAUUUAGAAGCUUUGGAAAAUUCAAUAAGUGAAGUUUUAUUAUCAAGUAAUAUUAAAAAUAUAGAUUCUAUAUUUCAUUUUGCUUUUGAACAAGUUUUUGGUGAAGUUCAAGAUAUAAGCUUAAAUCAUUUAAAUAGAUCCCACAGUGCAAAAACAUUAGGGGCUAUUAAUCUACAUAAUUUAUCAAUAAAACUCAAAUGGAAACUAACCAAUUUUGUCAUGGCUUCUUCUGUAGCGUCUUGUAUUGGGUCUACAGACCAAUGUUCCAAUGUUUGUGCAAAUCUUGUUUUAGACUCUUUAUCCAAAUAUAGAAAAUCAAUCGGGUUACCCUCUAUUUGCACAAACUGGGGAAUGUUACAAUCAUCAGGUUUUGUAGCAAGAAAUCAAUCGGUCAUUGAAUUAUUGGAUGGUCAAGGUUUGAAUCCGCUACCAAUCAAUACUAUUGUUGGAUCUUUGGAUUUAAUGAUCCAAAAUCAAGAUCAAUCAACUAAUUUACUGCUUUCUAAUUUCAAUUUUACUCGUUUACUUAAUUUCCAAGGUUCAAUUUUCAAUAAAUUCGACUAUCAAUUAAAUUUAGUAAGAGGUUUAAAACAAGUUAAUGUUAAUAUUUCCCAAGAAGACACCAUUGAUUCAAUUUUUUUAAAUAAACUAGCCGAGCUAUUAUCAAUUGAUCAAAAUAAAAUCAAUAUUGAAGUAAAACUAAACUCACUAGUAAAAAAAAGAUUAGAAAUAGGUAAUAAUUUAAAAGGUGUUUAA